CUUUUGGCUAUGUUAGUGAUUGGAAUGGCAUAUUGUAGUAAAGGAAGUAUGAAUCAUUUCAAAACCAAUCCAAACUUGGAUCUGUCAAGUUGGGUAAAUAAAACUGAGAGAAAUGUAAAUAUUAUCAUCCCUAUAAUUCAAUUGGUGAGACUUAUACAUAAAAGCUUUGUGACUUAUAAUAUUGAUUAUACAAAGAUAGUUCAUCUCUGAAACACUAUUGUAGAUUUAGUUUUAAGAAUAUUCCAUUGUGACUCCCUGAGUUGAAUAACUCCUGAAGUCGUCAUUGUCAAAAUUUUCAGGGAAGUCAGAAACUUUAGCAGAGGAAUCAUUACAGAAAUAUAUUAUGGAUAUUUAAACCUACUUGCCUUAUAUCUUAAGAAAGAGCUUGGCAUUAUUACCAAAAUUAUUGAAGAUAAAGGCUUCCAGUCUUUUAAUCAGAGUUCACACUGCAUUCGUAUGAGGAUUGGGCAAUAUUAUAUGCAAACUUUUGUUGGUGGCAAUACCUCUGAGUGUUCAGAGUUUGAUCAGAUCAUCCAUAAUUUCUCAGAACAGCAAGUUGACGACUGAAGAAGUUUCUUAUACUCAGGUUUUCUCAUACUAGCUACUAUCUUCCUUUUUCUUUUAAAUUGGUUGAUCUCCAAACAAAUAACCCAAGAAUACAGAACCUACAAAGCCCUAAAAUCGCUUCAAAACACAUCUCCUUCAACUCCAUCUGCCAACUCCAUUGAAAUUCCAAACAUACCGCACCCCUCAGCCACUCCCCAAAGUGCUAACCUAAUUUCCUUCUCAUCCUCAACCUAG